UUCUUUUAGCUUUUGUUUUUACCCAUUUCAAGAAUCUUGUAAAUCUAGCAACUUAUUGUGAAAUUUUUGUGUGGUUCUUUAAUUGCAAUAGGGUAGAUUUUGUUACCAUUCUCCUUGUUCAAUUUUGAUAAAAAUUGAAUCAUUUUACUGUUUGAACUAUGAGCCCUUAAUUCCGAAGCUACCUAAAACCUUACAAACUCAUUUGUUUAAGCCUGUGUUCAGCGGAAAUCACGCCUCUACUUUCGUUUAAAAACCAUUUUUCUUGUAUGAUUCUUUAUUUAGAAUCAGAUCUUGGAUUUUGCCUGAUUUGAUGGGAAUCGAAUCACAUAGUCAGGAAAUGGAAUUUGCAGCUGAAAACCUGUACCAGAGUCGCAGUCACCAGCAAUUUUUCCACAAUACUGCACAAUCCUUUGCUGAAGAGAGCAUCAGUGAUGCCACCGAGGAGACUGGGUUUGAUUUCGAGAAAAUCCAUUCGCAAUCUGCUGAGACACGAAAAGAAGGGAAUGAGUUUGGGCUUAGCGUGCUUUCAACUUUGAAAUUAGCAUAUGCUAAGCUCCAAGAAGCUCACAUCCCUUCCAAUUUUGGAAAGAUUGGAGCUGCUGAUGAGCAGGUGGACGAAGAUGAUGAAUGAUUUUUAUUUUUAUUUUUAGUUUUGAUUUUUAAUUAUAUAUUUACGAUUAAUUUGUAAUUUUUUAAA